AUGAUUCCGAGAUCCGCAAUCUCCUCCCUACCUAGAAUCGCAUCUUCCAAGCUCCUACAUCCUGCACAUACUGCGAGAAGGAAUUCACGUGGAUUUAGUACAUGCAAGACUACUAAAACACGGCAGAGAAUUCAUUUCUGGAUACUAGGCACCACAUUCACUCUCGGAAUAGCCAUCAUCACACCCUCAUCUGCAAACAUUGUCUCGUCUGAGGGCUUCAUUGCCACUGACGAGCUCAAACAAAAGUCAGCCUCAAAGGAUAGCGUACUAAAGGCGAUAUCUGUUACAGAACCAGCAGUGAAUAGUCAGCAGGCAAAACCUGUCGAUACAGCAAACUUGGAGAACUGUGCUGUGUAUGAGUAUCCUGAUGGGAACUCGGACAAGCCAAGGCUACUGAUCUUGGGAUCUGGGUGGGCUGCUACGUCCCUCAUCAAGUCGAUCACUCCUGGAAUGUACCAGAUAUUGGUCCUGAGUCCUACAAACUACUUUUUGUUUACUCCUCUGCUACCUGAAGCAACUACUGGUACCGUGGAAGCGAGAUCACUUAUGGAGAGCAUGAGAGCCAUAUGUCUGAAAAAGGAAGCGCACUACCUUGAAGCUACAGCACAAGACAUUGACAUUGAAAGGAAACAAGUCAUCGCUCAAGGACGAGACGGCAAACCAUUCAGAGUACCAUAUGAUCUCUGCGUCGUUUCUGUUGGUGCCACAAAUCAAACAUUUGGCGUGCCAGGUGUCAAUGAGAAUGCAUUGUUUCUCAAGACUAUUGCUGAUGCGAGAAAGAUACGAUACCAGAUUGGGUCUAAUUUGGAAGCUGCUGCUCUACCUUCUGUAACUGAUGCUGAGAAACGAAGGUUGCUUUCAAUUGUCAUUGCUGGUGGAGGUCCUACUGGUACAGAGUUCGCUGCUGAAAUAUCAGACUUUGUGUCUUCAGACGUGCGUCGUCUGUUUCCUGAAUUGAUCGAUUAUGUCACCAUUACCGUCGUGCAGGCUGCCGAUCAUAUACUUAAUACCAUGGCAGCUAAACUGUCUGCGUUUGCCGAGUAUCGGUUCAAGAGACAAAACAUCAACCUGCUUACCAAGACCCGUGUAGUCGCAGUCGAACCAUCUGCAUUAGUGUAUAAGAAGCGUGAAGCAGAUCCAAAGGCGGAACCUGAGAAAUUGCCUUUUGGUAUUUGUGUGUGGGCCACUGGCAUUGGAAUGAGAGAUUUCACUCGCAAGCUGCAUGAGAAAAUCCAAGAACAAACACAUUCCAAGUCUCUUGUGGUUGACAAUCGCUUGCGGAUUCUAGGCGCUGAUUGUUUGUAUGCUAUGGGUGAUUGUGCAACAAUCGAAAACCCAGCUCUUCUCAAGUUGGUUAUGGAACAUAUUCGACGAACCGGGCAAGACAAAUUGACGUAUGAGCAGUUUGGACAUAUUGCUGCUCACAUGAUUCGAGAAUACCCCGCUGCUGCUGUUCAUUUGGAGAGGCUGGGAGAUCUCUUUACGGAAUAUGAUUUUGACAAGAGCGGAACUCUGGAUGUUCAAGAAAUCACAGCCAUGCUGACUGAAGUUGACAAGCAAUUGACAUCACUACCACAAACGGCUCAAGUCGCAUCUCAAGAAGGUCUAUACCUGGCAAAAACACUUAACAAGCUUGCUGCGAUGCCACAAUCAAAUAUUAAAAACAAAACAGAAGAAUGGAGGAGUGCUGAGAACACACUUGCACCGUUUCGCUACUCUCAUUUCGGCACCUUCAGUUACGUUGGGGGUGAAACCGCCGUGCUAGAUCUCGAAGGUGGAUGGGGAACAGGUGGAUUGUCGGUCUUCUGGCUUUGGAGGGGAGCGUAUCUGUCCCGUCAGGUCUCAUUCCGAACCAGAGCAUUGUUGGGGUUGGAUUGGAUAAAGACGGCGAUAUUUGGACGUGAUGUGUCAAGAUCAUGA